CGGACGGACGGGCUAGUGAGCAAGGCGCGCGCGCGGCGUGCGCCCGACCCUGCGACGACGCGACGCGACACGUCGCGCGACUCACGUGACAGGGCGUCCGGCCCCCGACGACGCGUGCGUUUUUUGGUGAGCGUGUGACAGACGGAAGACAGCACAGUGCGUGGUUCCGUGCGGGGGCUCUAUUUCGCGAAGCCGUCGGGUGAUGCGAGCGGGACCGUCAGGUGACGCGCAACCAGUUCACCCGAAGAGAUGCGGCGGCUUUGGAGGCAACCGACGACGGUGCUCACCUCGCGUGGCAGGAUGGCGAUCACCCUGGUGGCGCUGGUGAGCCUCGUCAUCGCCGUGGAGGGCGGCCACGUGCAGGACAACUUAAUCGCUCUCGUAAGGCGCACUGCCCGGAGUGUAGAGCAGCCGGAGAGAGGCUACGGGGCGGCGGCUGUUCCCGGGCGGCGCUCCCAAAAGGACGAAGACGCAGACGCCGCGACGAAAGCGGAUCUAUUAGCUGCCCUCGCGGCCGCCGCCGCCGCCGCCGCCGCCGCCGCCGCCGGGCGCGCCCUAAUGAGCGCGCUUCAUUUGUUAAUCGCCGCGGCGCAGCGGGUGGCGGCGGCAGACCAGGGAAACGGGUUCGAUGGAGUAAGAAAAGUCCAGGCAGACAACGAAAAUUCUAAUGUUUAA